UGUUUUAUUUAUUUAUUUAUUUAUUUUCUGUGGUGGGUGGCCCUUCCUACCUCAUCGCAGAGUGACAGUGGCAGAAGGACCCAGACCUUUAAUCCUGUUUCGCAGCAGGUUUAGCAGAGGAGCGGCUGCAGCAGCCUGGCAAUAACCAUGGAGAAGAUCCUGAAGGCAGAGCUGAACACCAGCAUUCUGAAGGCACUGGGGAGCUCUGGGGGAGGAUGCAUCAGCCAAGGCCAAACGUAUGAGACAGACAGAGGACGGGUAUUUGUGAAAAUCAACCACAAACCUCAGGCUAGAAAAAUGUUUGAAGGGGAAAUGGCAAGUUUGGAAGCGAUUCAGAAAACCAAUAUUGUGAGAGUGCCUCAGCCCAUCAAAGUGAUUGACCUGCCUGGAGGAGGAGCCAUGUUUGCCAUGGAGUACCUAAAGAUGAAGCACCUCAACAAAUACUCUUCAAAGCUGGGAGAGCAGAUAGCAGAGCUUCAUCUUUAUAACCAGAAACUUGGAGAGAAGCUGAGAACUGAAGGAAGCACAAUUGGAAAAGGAGCUGGUCGCUCCGAGGCCCGGUUUGUGGAUAAGUUUGGAUUCCACACAGCCACUUGCUGUGGUUAUAUCCCACAGGUGAAUGAGUGGCAGAGUGACUGGCCAUCCUUCUUUAUCCGGCACCGACUCCAGGCUCAGCUGGAUUUGAUUGAAAAAGAUUAUGGAGACAGAGAAGCCAGAGAACUCUGGUCACAGCUAAAACCAAAGAUUCCUGAAAUGUUCUGUGAUGUAGAAAUCGUUCCCGCUCUCCUGCACGGGGACCUGUGGGCAGGGAAUGUGGCUGAGGACGACUCUGGGCCGAUUAUAUUUGACCCUGCCUGCUUCUAUGGCCAUUCAGAAUUUGAACUGGCCAUUGCUGGAAUGUUUGGGGGGUUCAGCAGCUCUUUCUUCUCUGCCUAUCACAGUAAAAUACCCAAAGCUCCAGGAUUUGAGAAACGAAACAAGUUGUAUCAGCUCUUUAAUUACAUAAACCACUGGAACCAUUUUGGGACAGGGUACAGGGGCUCUACCCUAAACAUGAUGAGGAAACUUCUAAAGUAACCAGGUGCAUUUGAGAUAUUCUGACACAGUCCCUUAGGAAUGAGCAGCCCCUGCUCAUCCCAAGUACCACAAAGUCGGAAUUGGUGGUAAAACACCUGAUAUGGAGAAGGCUUAGUGCACUUUUGAGCCUCACUAACUAAGAGCAAUUUUGUCAUCUUUAACUUGGGCACCAGUUUCCCUGCACAGAUUCCUCCCCUGCUGAAGGAAGGGGCUGCACUGUUUGUGAAGGCUGCACUGGUUUGGAAAGCAGCCUGACAGUCUGCCCUUGCUCUCUCACCUCAUAGCUGCUGUGCUCCCACUGUUGUUCCACAGCAGCAUCUUCCCAGUCCUGCUGUUGCUCCAUCAGCAGUUUGUUAUGGAGAGCUGCAGCUGUGGGACAGUGGUGCUGGAAGUAAGAGCAAGUUCUUAUGUCUAUCCUUGUUAGUUCUGGUUUAGUUUUCUGUCUGUUCCAAGACCUUUUCCCAUGAAUAUUUCCAUGGUCUUCUGUUUCCCUUUCCUUUCCUUUUGUCCUAAUCCAAAAUUUCAGUCAGAUUCUGUGAAUCUGAAAACAUUCUCUAUUUAAUCUAAUCAGCAGACA